AACCUCUGUUGUAAAGUACUCCAAACAUGCUCUACCAGCUCCACCACAAACGCCGCAAGAAAAGUAAAGUUCUUUGCCAUUGUCUAGACUAAUCUUUCUCUCAUGUUCAGAUGAAUAAUUCUUCUGCCUUCCUGUAUGGGACACUUUCUUCGCUUCCUCUUUCUUCUCAUCAUCCUUGCAUUAUCUUUCCUCUCAGAGGUGCAAUCGGCAUCAUUCAAGAUUGUGAAUAAGUGUCGCCACACGAUUUGGCCGGGCUUGCUUUCUGGCGCCACUUCCCCACAGCCUCCCACCACUGGAUUCGCUCUUCAAAGUGGCAAGUCAAAGACUAUAAACAUCCCGAAAUCUUGGUCGGGUCGGAUAUGGGCUCGGUCCCUUUGUGGUCGUGAUUCUGACGGAAAGUUCUCCUGCCUCACUGCAGACUGCGGCUCUGGUCAAGUAGAGUGCACCGGCGGAGCUAAGCCGCCCGCGACGUUGGCUGAGUUCACUCUCAAUGGCGCCGACGGGUUAGAUUUCUACGACGUAAGCUUGGUCGACGGCUACAACCUGCCGAUGCUGAUCGUUGCGAAAGGUGGAAAACGGGGUGGAUGUAGCGCCACCGGGUGUUUGGUAGACCUGAACGGAGCGUGCCCGGCCGAUCUUAGGGUGGCGCGUGGUAAUGGGACCGGGACUGGUGGUGAAGGCGUGGCCUGCAGAAGCGCGUGUGAGGCUUUUGGCGAUCCGCAGUAUUGUUGCAGUGAGGCGUACUCCACACCCGACACGUGUCAUCCGUCAGUAUAUUCGGAAUUCUUCAAGCAUGCUUGCCCGCGCGCGUAUAGCUACGCUUACGAUGACAAGACAAGCACAUAUACGUGUGCUUCUGCUGACUACUUGAUCAUUUUCUGCCCCUUGCCCUACACCAGCCAAAAGUUGCUGGGAACACGAAAAGAUGGCGCAACACUUCCUCUUGUAAACAAGACCAUGAUGUACUUAAAGCAUUCAGGAGUUUCUUCAUCAAAAGGUCUGAAUCAAAAGCAGAUUAUGGCUUACAUUGUCUCUCUUGCAGCAUCAUCUUUCCUGUUUUACUCUCCUUUUCACCUAUCAUGACUCAUUGGCUUUGACGCUUGAAGCAGAUAGCUAAACGAAAGUAGAUGAGUUGCAUCUAAGCUGAAUCUGUAGGAGGUCUUCAUUUUGUUUAGUGCCUUUCUGCUUCCUAAUUUUGCAUUAAUGUUUCAUACGAUUAGAAGUCUGCUGAUUCUUAACAUCAUGCAGGACUGCAAGAAUACUGUAUGGGGGUAUACUGUAAAUACAUUUUUUUCCUUUUUUUUUUUUUGCCCCUUUUGUAUAAUGUACAUCAAACUUUUUAGAAGCUUCUUUGGGCUGAUUGUUGAAUUCUUAGUUUACUAGAAGAGGCAUUGGCAAGUUGUAAAGUAUUGGUUGGGUAUUUCUGUGUCUGGAAUCAGAUUUUGGGAGACGGAGUUAGUUUAGUAUUCUUGAUAUAGCAUGUGCCAAUAUAUGUUCAAAUUUGUGAUUGUCACCGCUCCACGCAAUCAGCCAA